AUGUCUACUUCGAAACCGCUGCACCCCUCUGAUGAAGAGUAUUCUGACAAGACGAAUACAAUUUAUCACGCGCUGUCAUACUGCUGGGGGGAUCCAACACAUACGAGAACGAUCUAUCUGGGUGAUGAAGGCGGCGAAACAUUUCCAUGCGGAUUGCACGAGAGUUUGUGGCAAUUACUCAAUGUCGUCUUUGAGAAGAAGCUGUGUGAUUGGCUUUUCUGGACGGAUCUGCUAUGUUUGAACCAGAAAAACAAGGCCGAGAUAGCCCAUCAAAUACCAAACAUGCGCGGAAUUUACUCAGCUGCAGAAACAGUCAUCGUAUGGCUUGGGUGGGAUGAGAAGGGGACACGUGUGCUUGAAAUCAUUCGGAAUCUUCCAAAGCGGGAAAUGGUAUCCGGGACAAAUACUAUGAUCCCAGGCAUAGCUGAAAUACGAACAGAAACACUCCAGCGUAUUUGUGAGGUUUUAGAGGCGGUUCAGCAUUUUAUGGGACUGCCUUAUUGGAAGCGAGUUUGGGUUUUACCAGAAUUUGCAUCAGCUAAAGAGCCUAUUAUAUGGAAUGGGCACGAUAUGAUAAAAUUGGAGGAUCUUGAUCAUAUACUUCGGCCUUGCUUUGGUGGUCGUCAAUUAGACAAAUAUUUCUGGUUUCCAAUGUGUCUUUUGGGCCUGGUAGAACGCCAUGGUGAUGGAAGUCAUCCUGCAGACUAUAUCGAGGUCAACUACAGCAAAACGUCACUGGAUGUGUUUUUUGACACAAUCUUCGAAGGGAACCUCCCAUUUGGCAUUGGCUACACGUUAAGUUUAGAAAUUUUCAACGAUCUUUUUCUAGAUAGAGAAGACCAAGUCAAACAAAGGCGCUCUGGAAUUAGAUCUGCUUUGGAAGAGUACGCGAUAAGUUCCGUUGUUUCUGCCAGACAUGCGGGAUUUGCAGACAUAGCUAUUCGUGUCGUCGAUGCAAUCAAAUGUUAUUGUUUGCAUUUCGCAGAAUGUCUGAUGGCACUCCUUUUUGAAUUUACUACAACGGGCAAACAGCCCUCGUCUAUUCCUCCUGUGCAGCAGGCGGCGGUCGUGGCAUGUGGACUUGUAUCGUUGGAAUCGGGAGGAAAUUUGGAAAAGACCGAGGAGCCUUGUAUUGAAACGGAAGAGCUUUCGCCGUGGCGAUGUCUCCAUCCCAUCAGCGAGGAGAAUUCGACUAGUGCUGUCAAAUACGAUCCAGAAUGUCCCAUACGAGACAAUGUCCAGUUACGAACCGAGCUCCUUCCUACAGCUUACACGAGAUGUUGUCCAUCUUGCGAUGCUUCGGUCAUGGCAUUUGCAGUCCCAGAGAGCGGCUUCUAUCUCUUCAUCUCGUUUGACGCCUCAUUGGAAUCGGACGAAGGUGUCCUGACACUUCAGCUAGAGUCGCCCAUGGAAAGGAGUCCGGAUACGUGA